UGCCCCGCGCCCUGCCCGGGCCCGGCUCCAUCCGGGUCCCAGCGGCGCUGCGGGCGACUCGUCGCCAUUACGGGGCAGCGGCGGCGGCCGAGCCGGGGCCGGGGCGGCGCCUUGGAGCCGUAGGGUGCCGGUGAGGUGCCGACCUCGCGGGCGGCAGGCAGAGCCGGGCCCCGCGGGGCUCCGUCAGCAGCCCUUUCCGUCGUCGCCCGGAGCCCCGCAGGCCCGGCUCGGCCUUCCGCGGCCUAACCCCGGUUCGAGCGGAGCGCCGAGAAGAUGUCGCCAUGAAGGAGGCCGAGUCCGCGCUGCGCCGCCCCCGCCGGUCCCCCUCGCGGGCCAUGAGCCUGGGCCCCCGCCGGCUCCUCCAGCGCCCGUCGUGCCCCCCCGCCCAGGGCCGCCGUUCUCCCGCCGGGCCGCCCGUUGAUGCUGCACAGCCCGCCCGGCGCGCCCCCCUCCUCCGCCCCCGCCAUGGACAAGAGCGGCCCCUGCGGCCCCGGUGCGCCCGGCUCCUCUGCCGGCAGCAAAGCGCAGCCGCCCCGCUCCGCAUCGGCCGGGCCCGCAGCUGGGGAGUCUAAGCCCAAAGGCGAUGGAAAGAAUACAAAUGGAUCCAAACAACGCUACAGUCGGAAAAGAGAAACUUCAUAUUCCAAAAAUGAGAACUUUUCCAGCCAGUCCCGUCGCUCCAAUUCACAGAAAAGCAAAGCUUUUAACAAGAUGCCCCCUCAGAGGGGCGGUGGAGGUGGCAAACUUUUUAGCUCUAGUAAUGGUGGAAGACGAGAUGAGGUAGCAGAGGCUCAACGGGCAGAGUUCAGUCCUGCCCAGUUCUCUGGACCCAAGAAGAUUAAUCUGAACCACUUGCUGAACUUCACUUUUGAGCCCCGUGGCCAGACUGGCCAUUUUGACGGGAAUGGACAUGGCAACUGGGGGAAAAGGAACAAGUGGGGACAUAAGCCUUUCAACAAGGAGCUCUUCCUACAGGCCAACUGCCAGUUUGUUGUCUCUGAAGAACAGGACUACACAGUCCACUUUGCUGAUCCAGAUACCUUGGUCAACUGGGACUUUGUGGAGCAAGUGCGAAUCUGUAGCCAUGAAGUGCCCUCUUGCCCAAUCUGUCUGUACCCACCUACAGCAGCGAAGAUCACCCGCUGUGGGCAUAUCUUCUGUUGGGCAUGCAUCCUUCAUUAUCUCUCCCUGAGUGAAAAGACCUGGAGUAAAUGUCCUAUCUGUUAUGGCUCGGUUCACAAGAAGGAUCUCAAGAGUGUUGUAGCUAUGGCAACACGUCAGUAUGCAAUUGGUGACGUCAUUACGAUGCAACUGAUGAGAAGAGAGAAAGGUGUUCUGAUAGCACUGCCCAAAUCUCAGUGGAUGAAUGUGGUGCAGCCUGUUUAUGUUGGAGAUGACCAGCACAGCCAGUAUUCAAAGCUGCUCCUGGCAUCCAGGGAACAGGUCUUGCAGCUGGUGAUUCUGGAGGAGAAAGCAGCAUUACUGAAGCAGUAUGAGGAGGAAAAACAUACUCCUGAGGCAUGCUUCAUUGAGGCAGCCAUCCAAGAGCUGAAGGAGCGAGAAGCAGCGCUCUCUGCUGACCGAGAUAAAAACAGUGGCAUUGCUGGAAUUAGUGCAGCUGUGGAAGAAUUGGUCCUAGACAGCUCCAAGCCAAUGGAGCCUGCAGUUUCCCAAGAGAAAAAGUGUGAUGUGGAGUAUCUCUCUGCGUUUGACGAGGAGCUUGUGGAGCCAUGCUCUGAUGUAGCAAAUUCAUUUUUGCCUCCUGUUGAGUCAGAAGAGGCAGUGUUGGAUGAAGAGGAAAUACAUGAGGUGGAUAAUAUAGGGGAGCCUGAAGAAAACACAAGAGGAGAAUCAAAUCCAGCUGAAACAAGCUACCAGGAGUCUAAAGAAACAAUUAGCAGCGGACAUCUUAACAGCUCUCCUUUUUACUAUUUCUAUCAAGCGGAGGAUGGACAAUGUAUGUACCUUCACCCCGUGAACGUUCGGUGCCUCGUUCGUGAGUAUGGCAGCUUGGAGAAGAGUCCAGAGAAGAUAACUGCAGCUGUAGUGGAGAUAGCUGGAUACUCAAUGACGGAGGAUAUAAGACAGCGUCAUCGUUACCUCUGUCACUUGCCCCUCACUUGUGAGUUCAGCAUUUGUGAACUGGCUCUGAAGCCACCCGUCAUCUCUAAGGAGACCUUAGAGUUGUUCUCAGAUGACAUUGAAAAGAGGAAGCGCCUGCGGCAGAAGAAAGCUCGUGAUGAACGGCGUCGUGAACGCAGAAUUGAGAUAGAAGAAAACAAGAAACAGGGCAAAUAUCCAGAAGUCCAUAUUGCUUUAGAGAAUCUGCAGCAGUUCCCUGCCUUUACUUCUUGCCAUGGAGAAAAUACCAGCACUGAUCAUCAGAGCUUCUGUCCGUCUCCUCUUGGCAGAAGCCCCGUGUUUCAGACAGAUUCUAUUCCAACUCCAUUUUCUCCUGCUGCCAGCCAGGCCAGCCCGUCACUCUGUGGGAGUUUAGAAGAAGAGUCUCCAUUCCCAUCCUUUGCCCAGAUGUUGAGAGUUGGAAAGGCAAAACCUGAAACGUGGCCCAAACCUGCUCCAAAGACAAAGGAUGAGAACACCCUGGCACUCCCUGUGCCAGUGGAGAGUGAUGGAGAAAGUGACAGCUCUGACCGCGUACCUGUGCCCAGCUUCCAGAAUUCCUUCAGCCAAGCUAUUGAGGCGGCCCUCCUGAAACUGGACAAACCGUCCACAGCUGAUCAUUUAUCAGAGGAAAAAGGAGGGAAGAAAAGAAAGAAACAGAAGCAGAAGCUGCUGUUCAGCACCUCUGUUGUUCACACGAAGUGAUUCUGCUGUUCAAGAGAAGUUUCCUCUCCUGGUUUUCUUUUCAUUUUGCUUUGUUUUGCUGCUAUAGUUUAAGUAUUUAAAUUUGAACAGACUAAACUUGUUUUUCCGGGGCUUCUAUAGGGGGUUCAGGAGGAAACCAUGACAGUAUAUGUUGGAGAUUAUUUUUUUUUUUUUAAUUAUUCCAGCUUACCAAAUUGAUUUAUAUUGAAACGAAGUUUUGAAAGAAAAAAAACAGAGACCAUUCAGCCAAGGCUUCUGGUCUGUACCACGUCAGUUCUUUUGGCCUAGUAAGCAGUAUAAAAGCAUUUUACAUCUGUAUGGUACUGCCAAAGCACUGCAGUAUUGCCUAUGUGAAGAGUCAGAGCUUUUAUUUCCCCUGGGAACACACAGACAGCAGUCUGUCUGAUUGCGAGUGCUGUUUCAGUAAAGCUGUUAAACUGCUUUCUUCAGAAACUGGUUUCCUCUGCACUGGGGCAAAAGAGCUUUCUGGCUUUGAAGUGUUAGCUGCUAUCUGUUCUUUUUCUAAAAAGCAAGAAUUCCUUCUGUUCUCCUGGCUUUGAAAGGCUUAAAGUCGAGUUGAGUGUAAAGCAGAACUUGGCUACCUGGUUUUGAAGUGACUGUUGCUGAAAUUGUGUAUUUCAGAAUGCGUACUGGCACUAGUGGUAGAAGGAACUCCUGGCUUGUCUCGGUUGUUUAACUCUGCUUUAAUGUGGGUUAAAUGAGGCUGCUAAUUCUUUUUUUUCCUUUAGCCAACCAUGGCUGACAAAUUCCUUGUAACCUGAUGAUCAUCCCGAGUAAACACUCCACCCUCGGGCUCCCGGUAAAUAGGUGAACUAUAUUUUGACACUGGCUGCUCUUGAAUUGGAGGAACUAAUAGUUGGAGUGUAUAGGCACUGUAUCCCCCAGCAAGAAACAUGGAUCUCUUGCACUGGGAUAAAGUCCUGUAUCUGCUUGGUUCUGUGCUGUGAGCUGAUCUGCAGUAAGCACCUCGGGCUAUAAAUAUGCCUCUUCUGGACCCUUCUUCCCUCUUUCUUUGGGUGGUUGCAUUCUGCACUGCUUGUGGUUUGAUUUGAAGCUAAUGAGUUAAGUGGUGUGGAUUUUGUUAAAUAAAAUGAACUGUAGGUGUAAUGUACCAGUCAAGGCCACCAGUUGCAAUAAAUCACAUGCGCACACUUACAAUACUGCAGACUUUUUUGAGCUAUAAUGUUUGUACCACCACAGUAUCAUGCCACUUUUGGUAACACGUGCAAAUUUAGCAUCCUACUCAUGCUAUGGGUUCCCUUCAGGAAGCUGGUAUGAAGUACCAUGUAACAUAGGGCAAGAGUGACAGGUAUCUUCUGUUACAUUCAGCCCCACCUGUACCAAGAAGUGCAUUCACAUGGUGUUUGAAAAGCUUAUGCUUCCAUUAAGAAGCAAUCCAUGCCCCCCCUCCCUUCUGCACUGUGACCAGUUUGAGCAAGGAAGUCGUGGAGUUGAGACUCCUGUUGUUAGCCAUCCUCACACUGAUACACUCAUUGCUUUUAUCCCUCCCUAAAAAGGCUGUCAGCAUAUCGGUGCUUCAUGUCAAAACAAGAGGCUCCUUCUACAGGUGCUUCCUGAAGGCACCCAAGUACCAAAGAGCAUAAACCAGUCUGCAGCUGGGAGACAGAAAGGGGGGGAGACUGGGGAGGUCAGGAACGUUUCUGUUGUGAUAGGAGAACAGAGGAAACACUUGCAAAACAUUCUUUGAAAGCAGCUUAAUUUCACACUUGGUCACAACUAACUACACUUGAGGGAGAGCAGAGCUUGCCAAGGGAAUACAAAGAACCAGAGCGCCCAGGAGUGGUGCACAGCUUGUUGUUAAUGCUUCGAAUGCACACAGGAAAACUGGUGAGGGCACAGAAAAAAGUCAUGAAAUAAAUUGAAGUAUGCAGUUAA